AUGGCCCUCGAUCUGCGGAAGUCCAUCACCAGUGCUCGACUCGCCGACGCAUCUUCCCUCGAACCUUCCGACCGAGCGUUUUCCCUCUCUCGCCUCCUCUCACCACGAAGCGGCAAUCCCCGCUCCUCCUCAUUUUCGCGCGGAAACGACAAAAACGACGUCAAAUCGAAUGUCUCUGCAUUUUCGGCCUCCGGGUUAUCCGCAAGUGUCCUAUCUGCAGCCGAACCUGCCGGGCUGCAUUCCGAAGCAGCACGCACUGGCUCGGGUGCAGCCGCCGGUGGUGGCUGGGAAGCUCCUCAGGCUACAGCUUCGGCAAGGGUAGCGUCGGAAGUCGAAGGUUCGGGACAGCCGAAGCUGUUGCUGGAGGCGCGCUCAGGCCGCAUUGCACACGUCAGCCGGGGGUUGUUGCGCGACCUGGGUUACACCAGCUCUGAAGAUUUUGGCGGGAAAAGCUUGUACGAUCUGGCGGAUGGGCUCUAUGAAGCUGAUUGGUCGAGAGCUGUAGAGGCGGUGACGAAGAACAAUCGCGCUUCGGUGCGAAUUCACUUCAAGCUGCUGAAAAGCGACAGAGCUGGCGAUCUUGUCGGCACGCGCGUCGCUCUCUCGCUGAAUUUCGCAGGCGACGAAGAGAGGACCGUCGCAGGCGAUGGACCGUCGCCAACAUUUCUCCUCGGGGGCUUAAUGCCAGCGCCGCCGCAAUCAUCGACGCCGGCGGCGGGAGCGGCCAGCGGUUUCCGGGCGGGAAGCGAGACGAACAGCGAUUGGUCGAGGGAGAGCGAGUUGCAGCAGCAGGGCUUAAAAGACGGCAUCAGGGGGGCAGGUGCGAGGGGAAGCCGCGCGCAGCAGAACGGAAUGGUUUGCGCGUUUGGCGCGCCUCCCGGCUCUAUCACUCCCCCUCGCGCCCACGCCCGCCCCCCUCUCCCAUCCCGCGGAAACGGCGACGUGGGGAGCAGCUCUGGUCGUACGCGCGCCUCCGGCUACCACUCCGCGCGCAAGCCGCCCGUUCCACGUGUCAGCAGCACAGGGUCGUUGAAAUCAAUGCAACCUCCGAAUUCGUCACGGACCGUCCAGAAUAGCAACUGGCCGCGACGCGAGGAUGGAGAGGAGGAAUUGGAGGAGGAUGACGAGGAAGAGGAGGAGGGGAAUGGGUUGGAGAUAGACGAGGAAGGAUUGGCAUUAGCUUUAAGAGAAGACCCCGACGACGAGGAUUCUCUUAACGAGGAUGCGUACAGUGAAGCAGAAAAUGACGACGACAUGACAUCCCCGAUCGCGCCGCUCGAGGAAAUCGAGAAUGGUUUUGAAGACGACGACGACGAUGACGAGGACGCGUAUAUCGGGGAUGGCAGGGGCGGGGAGAGCGCGACCGUCGCUCGGCAAAUUUCGGACGUUCGUGAGAGGCUUGCGGCGCGGAGAUCGUGCCACCUGGCGCGCGGAGGGCGGGAGAUGGACGCGGACGCGAUAUCGGACGAGGACGAGGACGAGGAGUCGUGGGAGCGCGUGAAGCAGCGCUGGGCCGCGCAGCAGCAGCGCCUGCAGCGGCGGGAGGAGCAGCAGGUGCAGCAAGCGGUUCAGGCGGCGAGGGAGAGGGAGAAGGAGCGCGAGAGGGAGAGGGCGGCGAGAGGGGGGGAGGAGGGCAAGAAGCGGGCGUUUGCGAAGUGGGUGGGCGGGGUUCGGGGAGGGGACGGGGGAGAAGGAAUGGAAGGUGAGGGAGGGGGAGGGAGGGAGGGAGUGUGGAGGAGUGAGCGGAGCGGUCGGAGCGAUAAGAGCGACAGGAGCGAUAGCCCUGCUAGCAGAUCGCUGCGCAUGAGCCUGAGCAUGGGACGAUCGCACACUGGCAGCAGUCUUGACAACAGCAACAGUACCGUCACCAGAAGUAACAGCAUUCGAGGAAAACUGAACCUAUCGCUGUCACCUCUCAACGUAGACGACUCGGAAGCACCAAGCGAGACCAGCCCAGCUUCUCCCGCUACCAUCUCCAGUCCUUCUCAGCCCCUCUCCCGCCCGCCCUCCCGUAUUCCCUCCCUCAUUGCUCGCUCCUCCUCAUCCGACGAUGCCCGCAGCCUCCGCAAGCAGCACUCAGAGCCCAAGCGCGAUCCCAACCACAUUCCGGCACCAUUCUGCACCGCCCCCGACCCCUGCAGUUUACCCGCCGACUCACAGCCUGGGGGAGGAGAGGCGUCCACGCCUGGCCGGCGCCUGUUGAGCGCCCUGAGCCACAAGGGAGUGGUUGGCGCUGCCAAGAAGGCCCUUGAGGCAGUCAGCUCCCCUCGCCGCUCCCACACCUCUCUGUUCGCCUCGGUAUCUGCAGAAUAUGCCUCGGCUCGUGAAGAUGGUGCUGAGGGUGCCUCUGCUGGCUCCUCUACUGGUGGUGGCGGUGGGAGGGGAGGAGGAGGGGGAGCAGAGCCCCUGAUUGGCUCGCCGCGGUUCUUCUCGUCUUCCUCGCGGCCGUCGUCUCUCCGCCCCUCUGCCUCCCAUGACAGCUACACGUCCUCUCCCUCCUCUCGUCUCUCCUCAUCCCCAUCCCGGAGCAUCGUGCCUCGCUCUUCCUCUCUGGAGGUCCCGAGGUCGGCUGGGGUGCCUCGGAGUGUGUCGCAAGAGAGUGGUUUUGGCACCAGCAGCAGUAGCAGGGAAAGUGGUGGCGCCUCACGCCGCCGCAGCCUGCUUGCCCCAUCCUCUUACAGGGAAGAUGGGGGCAGUUACAGAGAAGGGAGCAGCUUUAGAGGUGGUGGUGGAGGGGAUGUGAGUGGAGGUGUGCAGGGGGGGAAGCAGCAGCUGUCUGGGCUGCAGGCCCCAGGUGUAUCAAGCAGUGUGGGUGGAUGUGCAGUGGAGUGUAGAGCGGUUGGGAUGGAGGGUCGAAGAGAGGAUGCUGGCUCGGCUUUGACACCCAAGGGCCGGUGGGGAGCUUGGGCUGAAGACGAGAAGUCUGGAGAUAUGGAUUGGUUUUGGUAG